AGCGUGAGGAGGACGAAAAAAAAGGCGGCGGAAACCGGGCCGGCGGCGGCGGCGAAGGCAGGGCCUCCGCGAAGGAAGCGGCGCCCGCCCGUAACCGCCGAAAGGGAAGAAAAGCCAGCUACGGGCCGCCGGGGAAGGCGGGAGCGGAAACGGAAACGGAGGAGAGGAAGGGGCGGGGCCAGCGGGAGAGGCGGCGACAGCAGCAGCAGCGGCGGCGGCGGCGGCGGCGGCGGGAGCAGCGCGCGCGCCUGCCUGGAUCCUGGUCGCGAGGAGGAGGCGGCGGAGGAGGAUGUGGCGCGCGGAGGGGAAAUGGCCGCCGAAAACAAGCCGGAAGAUGAUCAUGGGAACAGCAACGGAAGUCAUGUAAAAAUCUUUUUACCGAAAAAGCUCCUUGAAUGUCUGCCAAAAUGUUCCAGUUUACCAAAAGAGAGACACCGUUGGAACACAAAUGAGAGAUCUUGACGCAGCCGCCAUUUUGGAAUUCUUUUUAAUAAUGUGACCCUUCACCUUUGAUCCCCUGACCUGCAUUAUCUUGGUAACCAUUUCAUUUUUUUUUAAUUUAAUUUUUCAUAUAUAUUUUUUUAAUUUAUUUACUUAAAUAUUUUCUUUUCGUUUGGUUUGGUGUGUUAAGCUUUGUAACAUUUCACCUUCUUAAAAUUGUAACAUUCUUUGGACGUCCCUAAAUAUAAAAUACUCUUUUGUUUUGACUGUAAAUGUUGUAAAUGUGUUCAGUCUCAUUUUCCUUUGAUUAAAAUUCAUUUUGAGUUUUUUCUUUAAAAAAA